AUGCCCUCUCCCCAAGCUCUGCUCCGACUCACGGUGAAGUCCACGGCUGCCUUGAAGACUGACUGUGGGAGGAGGCUCACAGGAGCCCCGGGCGUAGAGGCCGUCCUGCUCCGGCAGCCUUCCCACUGUGAAGCUCUUCUUCGUGUGAUCUCUGCAGAAGGGGCCGGCUGGGAGCAGUCAGAGCUGCUGAACUCCACGCAGGGUUUCUAUUCGCUGACCGGCCUUCAACCAGGGACUCGGUAUCGCUUCCUCAUCGAGAGUGGCGGCGUUACGCUCUGGAAGGAUGUGAUAGAAACCAAAGGCCCAGGGCUGUCGGAGGUGUCCGGAGGGUUCGCCACGCAGGGCUGGUUCAUCGGCCUGAUCAGCGCCGUGGUGCUGCUGCUGCUGCUGCUGCUCAUCCUCUGCUUCGUCAAGAGGAGCAAGGGAGGCAAAUACGCAGUGAAGGACAAGGAGGACGGCCAGGGGGACUCUGAGGCGCGUCCGAUGAAAGACGAGACGUUUGGGGAGUACAGAUCGCUUGAGAGUGACGCCGAGGAGAAGCGCUCGGCCAGCCAGCCGUCCCUGUGCGUGGCCAGCAAGCUGGGCAGCGACGACUCCCUGGCCGAGUACGGGGACAGCGUGGACAUCCAGUUCAACGAGGACGGCUCCUUCAUUGGCCAGUACAGCGGGCGGCACCCUCCCCCCCACGGCAACGAGAGCUCCGGGCCCGCCUCCCCCCUCGACCCCGCCCCUCCUCCUCCCAUCGCUCCCGCUAUGUCCACCGUCCUGAACCGACCCAGCUAG